UUCUUUAGUUAAAGAAAGAGAAAGAACAGAGCAAUUUCCUUAAACCCUCUCUGCCUCUUUUCUCUAGUCUCUCUGCCUCUGCCCAUACGCCUCGCGUUGAUUGGUAUUGUCCUCGAGAUUGCGCGCACGACAGUUAUUGUCGAAAAGAGUCUUAGCAACACCUUCAAGGGCCGAUAGGGAGGAAAAGAUCAAAAUGCAGCAGAGGAGGUCUUCAACGGGUCGGCCAAGUGGAACUGAUGGUUCGGAUUUCUCCUACCGCAUGGUUGUUGACUCCCGGUAUCAGAAAGUAGCACAAGGCAGGUCUCGCUUACGAGCAUUGAUCUCAAUUCAGGCUGUUAUUCAACUAAUGGGAGCAGUGCAUCUAGUUCUAUCAAUUUCAAAUGGGAAUGUCCCAAGUCCACUUGCUAUAUCAUCUCUUGCUAUGGCCUUGCUGUCACUUAUUGUUGGUGAAUUAGGUCAAAGACGAAGUCGAGUGAAUUUCUUACGGUUUUACAUAUUUGCAGCAGCUGCAGCAAUACUUCUAUCAAUCGCUUGUCUUUGUAAGGUUGAUUUAAGAUUGGAGGACAUCCUUAAUGUUCAUCUCUUGGAAGCAAAGAAGUUCAAAAUUCUUGAGGUGGGACGUGUUCUUUUUGGAUUGUUGGUGCAGGUUUUUGCUGUCAAAACAACGGUAUCACUCAUUAGCAACAUGUCCCCACCCAAGAAAACUUCCUGAGGGUGUCUUUUGGUUUCAAUGUACUAACCAUUUUCAAUUCAACUAGCAAGUUUAGGUUCCCCUUGCGCGCUUGUGAACUAUCUGUCAAAUAGCAUGAUGUUCAAGCUCAUGGUUGUCAAAUGAUGAGAAACCAGCACCCUCCUUUUCUGAGCAGGCUGUAGAAUUGGCUUGGGGAUGCUCUUUCAUUUGAAAGUUUCGGAUUACAGUGUUUACCUCUCAGUAUCAAUUUGAGGACCUUUGGUUGUCAAUAAGAGACAACAGUUUUGUUCGAA